AUGUCUGUCUUGGCGAGGGGUGCAAAGAGAAAAUGGGCGGAUGUCGAGGCAGUCGAAGACAGAUGCUAUCCUUCCGCAAGUCAUCUACGACACAUUCCUCAAUCCCAUAAUCGGCAACUGGUGACGUCCAACAGUGAGAGAGGCCCAGCGAUCGAAGGAACAGAGAGGUUUUCCAAUGCACCAAUCCCCGAUGACUCUCACCUACUGUCCGAGUCUCUGUCAGAGUCGGCCUCCGGUUUUGCAUCGCCGACGCCCGUGGAUUCUGGCACAGGUCCCUCCAGGCGAUUCGAUCCUAAUGCCUCUGUCGUCUUGAUCGGACUGCGUGGAACCGGAAAGUCGAGCUUAGCUGUUAUCCUUUCAACGGCAACAGGCAGGCGACUGGUAGACGCAGACCAAUUCUUCCAGCAAGUGACGGGCUUGUCUCGUUCCGCGUACAAGAAACGACAUACCAUUGCCCAGUACCGGAGGGAAGAGGCAAAAGUGAUGAGUUUAAUGCUGACAGAUAAUCGUGAAGGAUGUGUCAUUGCCUGCGGACCAGGGUCCAUGGAGCGCAGCGGGCAACAGCUUUUGAAAGAAUAUGCAAAGACGCAUCCCGUGAUCCACGUCAUUCGAGACCCGGAUAGCAUCCAAGCAUAUCUCAAGGCCUGGGACAGAGACCGAGUAUGUAAUUUCAUGGAGCUAUCUGGACCGUUGUACCGGGCAUGCUCCAACCUUGAGUUCUUCAAUGUCUCCGAAACGGGAUUUGAAUUAUCGCAGAGUAGGGAUGACAUACAGAACGCUCUGCUGAAAGAAGAGCAAACUCAACGGAAUGCAAAUCAAACACCCUUCUUGACAUUGAAACGAGUCGAGCGAGACUUUCUUCAUUUCGUGGCUUUUGCUACAGGAAACAAGCGCGAGCUGACAAAGCUCCAUUCUUCAUUUCCUUUAUCAUUAUUACCAAUCGAAUCCAGACGGUACACAUACGCCGUUUCCGUGUCGCUUUCAUCCUUAUUGGACAAGGGUCUGGAUGUCGAGGAGCUGGAAUCCACGGCUGAUGCCUUUGAGCUUCGAGUCGAUGUGCCUGAUGCGCCUUCCACCAAUCUGGGCUUGUCCCCCGCUACUGCGGACAGAAUCAGCCAGGCCGUAGCCACUGUUCGGAGGAGCAUCAUUGUUCCCAUAAUAUAUCAUGUAGAUGAGAGUCCUUCGUCUGCAGAGGAGUCUCCGUCACGCCGUUCCGAUCAGUCGUAUCUGAACCUGGUCGAACACGGCUUGAGAUUGGCCCCGGAGUUUUUGACCGUUGAUCUGUCUUACAGUGACGCCAUUCUUUCCAAGAUAAUAGCAGCAAAUGGAUCGACGAGGAUUAUUGGUCAUUACUCUUCAGUACGAUCAGACUCUGCAAGCUGGGAUGACGAGGAAUAUAUGUCGAGAUACGAGCGUGCUGCAAGACUGGGCUGUGACAUGGUCAGAAUGUCUCGACCCGCAUCGACAAUCGAGGAUAAUUUCGCCGUUCAGAGAUUCCGCGAUCGCGUAAACGCUUCUCACAAGUCCGGGCCGCCGAUUAUAGCGUACAAUACGGGAUCUCUCGGGCGAUUAUCUUGUUGCUUCAACCCGAUCUUGACCCCGGUAACACAUGACAGCAUUCGGUCUACCUGUCAAACAGAGAAAGAUGCAUCCAUCACUGUACGGGAAGCGCAGGUCGCGCUAUUCUCGUCAUUCGCUUUGGAUCCACUGAAGUUUUGCGUCUUCGGGGCAAACGUGGCCUACAGUUUGUCACCUGCGAUGCACAAUGCAGCGUACCGAGCUUGUGGGAUGCCGCAUCAAUACUCGCUUUACGAAGCGCCAUCGUUAAGGGAUCUUAAUGCCCUGGUCGAGGACCCGAAUUUUGGCGGAGCGAGCGUCAGCUUGCCAUAUAAAACAGAGGUUAUCCCGCUGCUGCAUUCCAUGUCAAGUCACGCCCGUGCGAUUGGGGCCGUCAACACCCUCAUUCCUAUUCGAACAACAGUCGUCCAUGGUGACGGAAAAGAACCAGACCUGCACCUCUACACGAACAGAGCUGGCCCGAUCAAAGCGCUUCACGGUGAUAACACUGACUGGAUAGGAAUCUAUCGUUGCAUUCGUCGAGGCUUAUCACCAGCGAAUGCCGUGCGUCCUUCAUCGACGGGAUUGGUCAUCGGCGCUGGCGGCAUGGCGCGUGCUGCUAUCUAUGCUAUGAUCCAUCUCGGCGUGCAGAAUAUUUUUCUGUACAAUCGAACCUUGGAGAACGCGAAAAGGCUGGCAGAACAUUACAAUCGGCAGUACUGUGUCAGCGAUACGAGACGAAAGGAAACCGAGUCGCAGACGAAGACGACAGUUCAUGUGAUCAAAUCGCUACAUGAUCCCUGGCCCGCCAACUACAAGCAGCCUACCAUGGUGGUGAGCUGCAUACCAGCGCACAGCAUUGGGGGUGUUCCAGCUCCUAAUUUUGAAAUGCCCCUGCACUGGCUCGAGAGCCCGACAGGAGGCGUUGUUGUCGAUCUGGCCUACAAGCCCCUCAACACACCACUCGUGAAGCAGAUCCGCAGCCUCUCCCAUCGCGGCUGGGUUGCUCUCGAUGGUCUCGACGUCCUCCCCGAACAGGGCUUCGCGCAGUUUGAACUGAUGACAGGCCGACGCGCCCCGCGGAAGCUGAUGCGCGCAGUUGUGUUGAGGGAAUAUCGGGGCGAAGAAGGGCAAUAUGAUCCGCGGUGGAUGCAGUCGCGACUGGAGAAGCUUGGGGGCCAAGACGGAUGA